AUGGACUCCUGGAAUUCGUGGGGGCCUCUGCUUCGAAAACGCCUCUUCUCCUCUCAUAAGACAAACUGCCGAGACCCGCAGCAAUGGGCUGAGGUGGUGAUUGAGGAGUUUUACGAGUGGAUCUCUGAGGACGACUGUGACAUGACGCGAGCAAAAGCCGAGCAGAUCUUCCAAAAGGUCGACGUGGACCGUGAUGGGAAGUUGUCAUUCGGCGAGUUCGUGAAGUGUUGCAAAGAGUUCAUGGGCAUGGAGCUUCUGGAAGCAAAGAAAGAGGAACCGACGGCACCACCGGCAGCAGCUGCUCCCCCUGCAGAGGAGGCCGAACAGCUCGAAAACACCAUCCAGCCAAAAGCUGUGGAGGAGGCCCGGGCGCCGAGCAAGGAGGCCAUCGUGCCAAGGAAGAAGGUGGCCGACAACGCGCCCCGCAAAACUUCCACGACCGAGGGCUCCAUCGUGUCCAGGCGCCGGGCCGGAAGUCUGCCAAAUCUCCUCACAAGGCGAUCCACUGGCAGCAAGGCAGCCACAAUGACUUCGAUCACCAGCAGCACGCAGGAGCCGGAGAUCCCUGGUGCCCACAAGUCGCGCAUGUCGCCACCGCUGCCCACUCCGGGACCGGGAGCAUACAACAACACCGUGGCGGAGAAGGUGCCCGGUGGGAGCUACUUUGGGACGGGCCACAUCACGGUUGGGAUUGACAACAAUGACACAGCCGUGGGAUUUGCACAGGAAAAGACUUCCUUCAUCAAGUACGACCUGAACCGCAACGGCACGCUCGACUUUCAGGAGCUGUGCAAGUUGCUCCGUCGCGGCGAUCCGAAUCUGACAGACAUGGAGGUGCAAGCCUUGUUCGAUGCCCUUGACAAAGACAAGGACGGCAACGUGGGAUUUCAUGAGCUUUCGGAGUACUUGCAUCCGCCAGGCGCGACCUUCGAGCACUCUACUUGGCGAAAGAAGCUGCGCACGGCCUUCAACCUCUCAUGUCCUGGUCCCGCUGACUACGUUGGCAACGACAAGGCCCUCGCGGGAAAGCGCAACGCGCCCCGAGCAGUGAUUCCAAGUCAGCGGAGAAUGACCGACCAUGGCGUGAACAGCCUUUCCCCUGGCCCAGCCGCCUACAAAGGGAAUCACACGGCCAGCGCCUUCCACAAGAAUGCUUACUCGGCCACUUUCGGCAGCGCUCCAAAGGGCAUGGACUCACGCUCGGAGUCCCCCGGGCCUGGGGCGUACGCCCAGAAUUUUUCAGUUCUCGCCCAUCAAAAGCAAGGCCCACGAGCUACCAUUGGAGCUGCAAGGAGGGCGCUGUGCUACGAGGGCAACUUGGAGCCGUCACCUGGCCCCGCUACCUAUUGCACGCACGUCCAGCACAAGGUGAAAGGCGGAAACUACUUUGGUGUGCCGGGACGUAUGGCGUUGCCCGACCUCUCCUACGAAAAACGACAGUUUGCCAGCUGCGACGCCAACAAGGAUGGAACCUUGGGCGUGGAUGAGGUCUACAGCAUCUUAUGCAAGGCAGACCCAAAGAUAUCUGCAGCGGAGGCAAAGCAUAUCUUCGACUCGUGUGAUCACGACGGCGACGGCAAGAUCAACUUUGAGGAGUUGAGGGACUACCUCCACCCCGAGCUCCAGCAGCAGCGCAAGGAUUCGCCUGCCGAAGACUGGGUGAAGCAGCAGCCAUGGACCAAGAAGCUCCGGCGGCUCUGUGAAGAGACCUUCGGCGUGACUUCCUUCCGGAAGAAUCAGGAGGAGGCGUUGAACGCCAUCCUCGCUGGCCGGGAUGUCUUCCUAGUGGCGCCCACGGGCGCCGGAAAGUCUUUGUGUUUUCAGGCGCCGCCGCUGCUGAGGGGUAAUCUCACCGUUGUGGUGAGCCCACUGCUUUCGCUGAUGCAGGAUCAAGUCAUGGCACUCCAGGCGUUGGGGAUCAGAGCUGCCAUGCUCAGCAGCAGCGACUCUCGUGAGGAGCAGACCAAGAUUCGCGGUGAGAUGAAGGCGCUGACAGCGAAGGACGGGGGAGAUGGACUUCGAAUCCUCUACCUGACGCCAGAGCGUCUGGCAAAGAGCAAACUUGUCAUGAACCUCUUGGAGAAGAUCUAUGCUGCGGAACGGCUGGGCCUGCUAGCCAUAGACGAGGCGCAUUGCAUCUCACAGUGGGGCCACGACUUUCGGCAGGAUUACGAGCGCUUGGCCGCUCUCCGCGUUCAGUUUCCUCAAACACCAAUACUCGCACUGACAGCCACGGCAACUCAGACGGUGGCUGGCGACGUGCAGCGUUGCCUGGGCAUGACUGGUGCCGUGGAGCUGCGAGCACCCACGGAUCGGCCGAAUCUCUUCUACGCUGUACGCCACCGCCCGAAGGCUGCAGCUGACGUUCUCGCAGCAGUGCUGUCCACGAUCCGGAUCUUCCCACCAGGUACGCCUGGCCUGGUCUAUUGCAUCACACGCAAGGAGGCCGAGCAACUCCGCCAAGGCUUGGCAGAGGGCGGCGUGCCCUGCGAGUUCUACCACGGUGAUCUGGACGCCUCGGCACGGCAGAAGGUCCAUUCCAAUUGGGUGGAGGGCCGAAUCAAAGUGGUUGUAGCCACGGUGGCCUUCGGCAUGGGCAUCAACAAAAGCGAUGUGCGGUUCGUGGUGCAUGCCGGCCUGCCGGCGUCGCUUCACCACUACUACCAAGAAGCUGGCCGGGCUGGGAGGGAUGGGAAGCCUGCACUCUGCCUGCUUCUCUAUCGCCCCAGCGACGUGCCGCGGCACAGUGUCAUGAAUUACUACAAGCCCGCGUCUCUGCGGGAGCUGUAUGGGGCUGCGAUGUACUGUCAGGGCCGUGAAUGUAGACGAGUGCAGAUCUCCCGUCACUUCGGCGAGGAGCUGCCGAGCUGCGACCGUGGCUGCGACAUUUGCCUGGCAAAGGGCAGCGACACGGUUGCGUCUCCUGCCCGUAAGAAGCUUCGGGUGUCGCCUCCUAUGCCGCCCGAGGCGCUGACCAGCGCUUUGCAGGCUGCUGCGUCCUCCCGAGGCCAGGAAGAGCAGCUCACCUUGGCGAAGCUGUCAGACAAGGUCCAGAAGGCUUGCAAAUGGCGCGGUGAGAUGGCGUCAGAAGCAGCCAUGUACGUUGCAGUGUCCCUGCUUGGGGCCGGCUACUUGCGGGAGGAGUUCCGGCACUCUCCAUAUGCGACCAAUGCCUACUUGGUGGCCACUCCCAGUGCCGAUCGCGUCUUGGAAGGCCAGACGCAGGUGUCGGCUGAAGCCCAGGCGCUGAGCUGUCCUCCAGAUUUGCUCUUCGGUCCGGUGGAUGCGGGGGAUGCCACCUCCACAGCCAUUGCUGCAGAGGCUUUGCGGACGGGAUCCGCUGGAGAAGGCGCUAGGAGGCAGAGCCUCCGGCGGCUGCGAGCAACGCUGGGGAGGCUGACACAGUGCCACAGUCUCACGCGUAUCAGCCCAGCGUACGGCGUACUUCUUGGGAUGGGAAGCUUGUAG